AUGGAAAAAGCCCGUACUCUUGGUACUCAAAUCAAUAUUCAUUUCAUUCCAAAGUCUACAACUCAAGGUGCAAUGGCCUUUCUACGAUCCAAAUUUGGAGCACGAUUAAAAAAUAGUGGUACAUUUAGAAUUGUCACUGAUCUGAAUCGAGAUAAUGAGAGUUCAGCAAGUGAUGCUGGUGUUCUUCUACUUGUUCAAGUUCAAAAAUUUGGAGUCCAUCAGAAAUGUCUUAUAUUUACUGGGAGCGCAUCGGAAGGACGCCGAAAAUUAAACAAAAUUUUUCAGGAAAAUCAAUUGGAUGAUAUUAAAAUAACCGAAGAUUCGAUAGAUCUUGAGCAAUUUGUUCUGCUCAAAUGA